AUGGAGCAACGCGGCGCGCCCGAGUUCAUCCUCGAGGCAUUUGCCGACCCGAAUUCGGCGCGCGAUGUUUUACGGGGAAUCCUCCACACCAUCUUCUUCCUGCGCUUCUUCCCGUCGGUGCUCCCGCAGACGCGGGACGUGAUCGGGCUCGAGCUGGCCUACGUGCCCGAGGCCGAGAUCGAGACGCUAAUCGACCAGCGCGUGGGGUCGCUGGUGCGCCAGCUCGAGACGGAGCGGAGCCAGCCGCACACGCACAACCACCCGCAUUCAAUCGGCGGCGGCGGUGGUGGUAGUGGUAGUGGUGGUGGUGGUGGUGGUGGUGGUGGUCCGGGACACCAGGUGACGGCCUCGUCCAGCGGCAGCGGCCGCGGCCAGAUCACCGUCUCGUUCUUUGAGAAGAAGCGCCGCAAGGCCUGGUACGACAUGCGCGGCGGCGACGAGGUGUGCUGGGAGAGCUGGACCGUCAAGGUAACCAUCGCGGAGCCGAGGACAGAGGGUGAACGCGCCAAAGUCCGCAAGGCCAUGGAGUCGACGCUGCACAACACCAUCAUGAAGGCCGUGACGCUGGCCAACACGCACAAGGACCACAUCCCGCCCAUCAUGACGACCGAGUCGAACCCGUUCCCCUACCAGAUCACCGUUAACCACCAAAAGGACCCCGGCUGGGCCUCGCGCAUGGGAAUCUACUAG